AGAAAGUACGGUGCUGCGGGCGGACGGACGCACGCGGACAUUGGCUUAUACGCCGAAACAUGUGGCUCCAAAUGUUGUGCGUGCUUUUCGCACUGGCGGAAGCACAGAAAACGCGAUCACCAAUUUCAGCCCAUGGCGUCCAGUACGUGAACGACCAGCCUGAAAGCCCCUACCGCGUGAUAUACGACGAUGACCCACGGUAUGCCUUACAUGGAGGACAAAGUGGCAAACCCGCCAACGUCAGGAGUGUGCGAUACCACUCUCUUCAAGCGCAAGAGCAGCGGCCGUAUCUGCACUCGAGUCACAUUAUUCCGGCCACCGCGGUGUCCGUACAGAGCGGGGUAAAGCAGACGCUGAGAGGAGCCGCGACAAGCAAGAGCAACCAGCACACGCCCCUUCACCAGCAGGGAGCACCGGGGGUCAGUGUCGGCGAUCAGUCGCAACUCGUGUAUCCUCAAGGAUCGCUGUCUGGAUACGCGAUACCCCAGCACGUCCUACAACAGGGUGCUCCUGGUGGCGCUUCGGCUGACUACCUCCGAGCGGGCGCAGUCUACGCUCCCACUUCGGACAUUGCACAGUACGCAAACGCGCUGCAGAACUACGCUCAACAACUGGGCUAUCCGGCCACUUACGCCCAGAACCAGGGCUAUCCUUCCGGAAGCUCCGUGGGGGAGCCCACGCAGUACGUCCAGCAACCCUACUACGUGCCUUACUAUCCCGAAUCGGCCUACUCUGGCGCGGGUGCCCCUGCACAGGGUGUUGCCGACCAGCCAGGUGGAGCCGUACACGUACCAGCAACGGUCCCUCAAAGCGUUGAAUAUUCUGCGGGAAGUUCUGGCGCACAAGCUGGACAAAAUGGUCUCGUAUACCCACCCAGGUACUCUCCAGGGAGCCCUAAACCAGCUACCCCCGCUUACGCGGGAGCCGACGCAGGAACUGGUCGCAAGGCAGGGACCGACCUUAGCGUUCCUUCCGACCACUACGGGAAGGGUAACGUGCCUGCUCAAGUCGCUCCAACAGGAGCUGGACAAGGCGUGUACAGCUACCCGUACGGAUACUCCAUAGCGUAUGUGCCAUAUAGGUACCCCGUGCAACCAACUGUGCAAUUUACUGCCCCGCACCAUGCACCGAGCCCCGCACAGCCAUCCUAUGCCGCGCCCGUCCCUGCCUACCCGCAAUACGCUCAGCCGCAUGUUCCAUCUGGGCCGAUCCAACCAUACUACGCCCAGCAAAAUGCGUACGCUAACCAGGCGCCCGCCCAGCCGAGCCAGGAGCAGUUCGCCUUUGGCGGUCCUCCGAGAACAAUCUACGCCCUGCCUGGGCCAAUCGCUAGCCCAGCAGCACAACACCACGCCGCAGCAGCCAAGCAUCGCGCCCUUCCAGCAGCACCUCGUGCCGAAGCUCCAGCGUACGGCAGGAGCUUUGUCGACAUCGGCUACACUGCGGCCUCCAUCUAUGGUACGCCGAUGUAUUCCAAGGCGAGCCCCAACCCGUUCCUGUCCAAAUAUGUGAAUGCACCGAAUGCUUACUUCCCCAGAGGUGUGGUCUCGGACGCAGCUGGCAACGUCUACAUCCACGGACCGCAAGGCUUGCCGGCACUUCAUCCAUCUCACGUGUCGCCGUCAGGACAGGGACACUACGCGGCAGAAGGCGUGCAGUACGUGCCGCCGGAUAAGUCCUACGAACUCGGGCGGUUUGUAACCAUGCACGCGGGCAAGGAUGGAGUUCGAUACAUUAAGAAGAAACGUUAAAACAUCCUAUCUGCUAUACCAGUCUCAAUCAUGUUGGAAAAAUGCAAAGUCAUCUACAUGUGGAGCCUCUGGUUCUGCGCUGUGCAAAACUCAUUGAUAGAUGUCAGUGCUAGGUGCCGACGUCUUGCGGUGUUUGUAUACUGUUCGAUCUCUUUACGAUUGAAGUUUUUUUUCUGUGCAAUAAUGUCCCUGUGUGUGUAAGACUGUGAAUGGAAUAAACAACUACAUUCAUUAA